AUGAUUCUCCUCUCGUUCCUUUUAUUCGCCAGCACUUGUUUACAAGGUGUCUGGGGAAUAUUCGGUCCGGACGAUGCACAAUAUAAUGAGACGGAGGCCCGGAUGCUUUUGAACCUGGCCGCCGGCGCCUAUUCUCAAGAUCCGACGCCGUGCAUCGGCAGGUUAGUUUUUUUUUUCGAAAAUUUAAUUUAUUCUCCCCAUUACAUUGUUAUUAUCAGGUCGCCAAAACUCGGCUUUUUAGGCCUAGAUAAAAGUCCAGGCCUCAAAAAGCUCAGGCCGGCCGUUCUUCCCAGUCCUGACGAAAUGCAUGGAAUGAAACUUACAAGUCGUUCCUAAAAAUUCGAUUCUUACAGAACGUUCACUGCGGCCGAAAACCAGACACUUUUGGUCACAUUUUCGGUGAAAUGCGAUUUUGUGGGCAAUCCGUGUGCCGGAUACGUCGUCGUUUCGAAUGUGCUCCAGCAGAUUACUGUUGUUUUUCGCGGCACCAAGACUAGUGUGAGUUCUUUUUUGAACCAUUUGCAAUAGUCCGAGCGGACCCAAACUUUGCAGGCUUCUUGGACCUGGAUUGAAGUACUUAGGGUCCGAGUUUCAGAUCGAACGGAUCAUCUGGUCCCGAUAUAUACUGGUUUGAAGCCGAAAAGGCCGAGGUUAAACUUCAACCCAAGUCUGAAAAGCCUUCAAUGUAGGGGGCCCGAUUAGAAUAUUGCAAGUGGCCCAAAAGUCAAUACCAUCCUAGAAAUUUGCAGAGCCAACUCCUUCUGGAAGGCUGGACAACUCUCAAACCGUCGGCGGAUUUUUACGGAAUCGGUUUGGUCAACACUUAUUUCAAAUCGGGCCACGAGAAGACGUGGGACUACGUGGCUUCGGCCCUGAAUAACAGUCAAUACAUCAACUAUGAUGUCUAUGUGACCGGACAUUCACUGGGUGGAGCACUCGCGGCACUGGCGGCUCCCAGAAUUGUUCAUGAAGGUACAGUAAGAAGUGCAAUAACAGAAGACAACUUUUUGAUAUCUCUAACGGCAGCUGAGAUAUAUGAUUAUUGUAGGUCUGCGACAAAGUCAUCAAGUCAAAUUGAUUACUUUCGGAGAGCCUCGAGUCGGGAACUUGGACUUUUCUCGUGGAUACGAUCAGCUAGUGCCGUACAGGUUGGAAGAUUAUCCAAUUUCCCCGAAAAAGUGUUUUUUUUUCUCAGUUUCCGUGUGACGCACGAGAUCGACGUGGUCCCUCACCUGCCCGCGUGCGUCAAAGAUCUGUCGUACACGCCGCCGGCGGGCAGCGACGGUUCGAAACCGUGCGAUCCGGACAGUACUAGUGGAGGAUAUCACCAUGCGAUCGAGAUUUGGUACCCGGGGAACAUGACCCAAGGGUCGCAGUACAUGGUGUGCACCGGACUCCCGAGGGACGAGGAUUUCGGGUGCUCAAACGGACCGAAAGUCGAUUUGGACGACACGACGAUGGGCGUCUGGGACCAUCGCAACUAUUUUGGAGUCGAGGUACGCACGGAGAUACUGGGAUCACUAGGCUAUCCGGACAUUUUUCCUAAAAUCUCUCAAAAACAGGGUCCAGGACCAUGUAGUUUUUGACGUGUAAUCCAAAUUUUUGGUUUGUUUUUUACGAUUUGGCUCAAAUUCGACAAUCCCACUUUUCAGGUGCCCGAUUUCGGAAAAGGCGGUUGUGAUCCGACGAUGACAUUCGAGGGUCCACCCAAUAAAACCGGAGGCCUUUUAUCGCUUGUCAGCAGUGUUUUUGGUUAA